CGUGGAAAGGCCGAGCGGCCACCCGCGGCUGCUGCCCCGCCGCGUUCUUGCAAACCGCCGCCGCCGCUUCUUCUUCCAUGGCCGGGCCGGUGCGCGAGGGCUCCGGCUCGUUCCCGGCGCUCCUUCUGGGGUUGCUUCUGCUGGCUUUGCCCCGCGGCGGGGCCGAUCUCCUCCGCUCUCCCGCGGCCCCGAUGCGCUUCAACGUCAGCCUGGACAGCCCUCCCGAGAGUCGGUGGGACCCGGUCGCCCGGCACUUCGACCCGGCGUUCAUGCGGACCGUCCUCAACCACAUCGUCGAUUCUGUGAUCCCCAAAUGGGUCCAUGCCGUUAUUCGACGUAUCGCAGAAGACCUAGAAGACUUCAUCCCUCAGCCUUACGAAGGAGAGAUUCGGGGACUUGCCCAACACUUCGGGGUUAACGUCGGCGACGGGCUCCUGCUGAACCUGGCCUACGAAUUCACUGCCUUCUGCACCAGUAUUGUUGCUCAAGACAAGCAAGGAAAUAUAUAUCAUGGUCGGAAUAUGGACUAUGCCUUUGGAGAGUAUUUACACAAGAUUACUAUCGAUGUGGAUUUUAUCAAGGAUGGGAAGGUAAAAUUCCAAGGCACUACGUUCUUCGGCUAUGUCGGUUUAUGGACAGGACAAAGUCCACACAAGUUUUCCAUCUCUGGGAAUGAACGAGAUGUUGGCUACUGGUGGGAGAAUGCCAUGGCAGCCUUUUUGACUCGAUUCAGUCCAGCCAGCUGGCUUAUCAGACGUACUCUAAGCGAAGCGGAAGACUUUGAAACGGCUUUCUAUAUGCUCGCCAAAAUACCCAUUAUAGCCAGUGUGUAUUAUAUCAUUGGAGGCUCGACAUCCAGACAAGGGGCAGUAAUUACAAGAAACAGAAUAGGCCCAGUAGAUGUUUGGCCUUUGGAUCCUUUAAAUGGGGCGUGGUACCGAGUGGAGACCAACUAUGACCACUGGACCAACCCACCACCUUAUGAUGAUAGAAGGACUCCAGCUAUUAAAGCACUAAAUGCGACAGGACAGGAACAUAUCGAUCUAAAUUCCCUCUUUAAGGUAUUCUCGACCAAACCUGUAUUAAACAAGUACACCAUUUAUACCACUUUGAUGAGUAAUGCAGACCCAGACAAGUAUCAGACUUUUAUCUGGACCCCAGAGUGAAAAUGUAAAAUGAAGGAAUGAAAAUCUUUGAAAACGCAAAGGCAGGGGCUGUGUUGAUUAAUUGCAUAUGAACAAUAAUUAACUGGUGUAUAGUAUUCUCUUCGGAACUAGCAGCUUUAAAAGGAAGAAAAAGGAAAUUACUGCCUUCCAGUCCUUAGUAUGUGGGCAAUGGAUAUUGAAAUAAUAGGCCUGGGAUAAGAGCCAGCUUCCCAAUCUUAGAGACAAUAUCUCUAUCCCUGCUGUUUUUGAUUAAACAUCAUGUCCUAUGGGCUAUUUUAGCCAUUAUUGCAAAAAUCAAGCUUCCCUGUGGCUGUAUGACAUUGCUGUGCCUGAUUAGAUGCGUUUUUAUUUGAUAUUCCUGAGAAAAUGUACUGAAACCAUAAGAUAUUUGUGGAUCAUAUCAAGACUUGGAUGGACUUCCUUGGAUCUACGUCUCUGGCCAACAGCAAGACACCCUUGUAAAUAUUUACAGUGACUCUACUCUCCUAUCUUGUAUGGAAAAGUCUGGAAAAAUGAGUUUGGACAAUCUGUUGAUUUCUAAGAUGGACAAGGUGCUCCCUGUAUCUCCAGCUUUGCAGAUUGGAUCUUAAAAAGGUAGGCCCUUGGUGCUCUCUUUUGGAAAACAUCUCUGGGUGCCACACAAUCAGAUGGGUUUAAUUCUUAGGCGGGUAGCCAUCAGCAUAUUCCAGGCUGUACACUAGGCAAGGAAGUUAAAAUAAUAUUACGGAGGAAUUCCUCGAAGCUACAGACGGGGCAGAAUGUGGCGGCACAGGUAUUUAUGGGUGUAACUGGGUACACCCAGGUCAUGUCUUUGCUUUAUGAGUUCCGCUGGCUUCUAGUUGCUGAUUGUCACCUGUAAACCCUUUACACACGAGGCUGAGAUAUCUGAGAGUCUGCUUUUCUGCUAUUUGGCAGGCUCUGUGUCCUGUCCAUUAAAAACUGUCCUCUUCUGAGACCCAGGAAGAAUGCCUUUCUAUCACUGUAUCCACCCGUUGGAACCCAAGAUUAGGCUGGCCCCAACCCCGGUAGCCUUUCAAACAACCCUGGAGAAUUGCCUCUUUUCCCCAAACGUGGAAGCUGGAGUUAGAAAGGUUUUAACUGUUUGCGUCUUUACAUCUCUGUCUGACUUCGUAUCCUUUUGCUUGCCCUCAAAAAUGUCCUGCACACAUUCCUUCUGAUUGGACAGAAGUGUAGGAAUCCAGGAAGGCUAAAGAUUGGAGACCACAUGGGGAAUUAGAUCUCAGCAUUCAUACAGUUUGAGAUAAGGGUUAAGGCACCGGGUAGAAACCAGGAGACCAUGAGUUCUAGUCCUGCCUUAGCCAUGAAAGCCAACUGGGUGAUUUUGGGCCAAUCAACAGGACAUGGUGACUUCUA